CAUCCCAUUGCAACGCGUGGGCAACGUUUCUGCACGAGACCUCUCCAGCUGGGAAACGCUUAUCGCGGAAGCGCCAGGGCUGUGCGAGCAGCGGCAUGCAGGCGUUGGCAAGGGGAUGCCACCAGCGCCUGCCUCUGCCCCGUCUGAGCCGCUUGGAGCUGCCCAGGUGCGUUUAGCUCGCAUCUUAAAGAGAUGCUUUCGCAGCAGGCACAGCAGGAGGCCGCGCAGCUCGCAGCCGAGCACAAACAGAGCGGCCGCGGGGAGAGAUAACCUUUGUUUACUCCGAGUCUCACACUAUGCGGGAGCAGGAGCCCUCCCUCGCCGAAGCAGACAGCUGCUGUCGAACACCCACCUCCGCGCCAGCGGCAAACACCGUAACCGUAUAGACCCCGGUGCCGCGUUAGGAAUAACCCAGGCUUCGAACCUCCACACACCACGCUGGUUCGCCCAUAGAAGGUGGACGCAGACCCAGUGUUUCGCGCAGGGCGUCGGGGGACAUCACCCACGGGUGCCACCCCAAGCGGGCACCCCACCAGCAAGCACUCCGCGGGGUGCCCCGGCCCCCCUUCCCCUCCCGGGGCCGGGCCGCCCCGCUCGGAACCCCCGCCCCUGCGGAGCCCCCCUCCCCGGCUAUAAAGGCGGCGGGGCAGCCCGAGCCCCUCCUGGCCGGCAGCCAUGGCCGCGCUGCGCUUCGGGGAGCCCCCGGCCGAGCCGCCCUCCUUCCCCGCAGGCAGGUGGCCGGUGGGCGGCGGGCCCAGCUCGGCCUCGCCCGCCCUGAGGGCGCUUCCCCCGGCGGAGCCGUCAGAGGGUGCCCCGGCGGCCUCGCAGCGUCGGAAGCGGACCAGCUUCACGGCGGCGCAGCUGGAGACGCUGGAGCUGGUGUUCCAGGACACCAUGUACCCCGACAUCUACCUGCGGGAGAAGCUGGCCGACGCCACGCACAUCCCCGAGUCCCGCAUCCAGGUCUGGUUCCAGAACCGGCGCGCCAAGUCCCGCCGCCAGCGGGGCCCUCCCCGGCCUGGCCCUGGUCCCGGUCCCGGCCCCGGCCCCGCUGCCGCCGAGCCGCCGCCGGGCUUCCCGCGGCCGCAGCGCUUCGCCGCCCUGCGCGGCCCGGAGCGGCCCCGCUGCGCGCUGCCCGGCGCGGCACAGCUCCUCCCGCCCAAGGAGGCGGGAUCGGCCCCUUACGAGUGGCCGCCGGCAGCCGCCUUCCCGCCGGGCCCCGGCUUCGACGGUUUCCAGCCCGGCGGGGCCGAGGCCGCCUCCUUCGCGGGGUCGCCGGCGGCCGGGCCCUACCCGCCGGGCCGCGCCUUCUGCGGGCAGUACUCGCCCGUGUCGGACGCGGAGGACACCAGCGGCUACUCGGAGUCGGGCUCGGAGUGGGAGGAGAACGCGCUCGGAGCCUUCCGAGCUCUCUGAGCGCCCGCGUCGGGGAUUAAAGCUACACACACCGCCGGGCUUGAGGCGAAGCUCUCCCCCGCCAGACCCCGUCCUGCGGUGCGCUGCUCGGGCGGGGAGGGGGCACCCACCGCGCUACCUCACCCCUGCCUUGCGACUGUGCACUUUAUCCGGUGGUAACCGAUUGCACCUAUUUAUUUAAGAGAUACGGGUCAGGGCCGUCAGCUGAGGGCAUCUUUUUACGCUGUAUUUAAAGGUUGCUGCCAGCACGUUUUGUAUUUCUAUUUUGUGUUCUUUAGUCAAACAAGCUAACCGAAGCCACUGUGGUUUGGGGGUGGGAGCUGAUCUUAAGAGUAGGAUGGGCUAUAGGGAUAUUUUGACUGAGGGGA